UGUGUGCGAGCGCGACCCGCGGGGCAGCCUUGAGGCCGGGGCCGCUGCGGGCCGGGCGGGCCCGGUGGAAGCCGUGGCGCAGGGGACGGGCGGACCCCGCCCGGGCGCGGUCACGGUGCGCUUUCCAAAUGCGGCCGCGCGGGGGCGCCGUUACCCGCGCAGGACGCGGCGGCGGUCUCGCUCCGGAUUGGCUGGCAGCGCCCAAGGCUCUGCACUCCCAUUGGCUGCGGGCGGCUUGGGGCGGGACGGGGCGCGGCCUGGGUGGCGGUUGUGGGCGGGGCCGCGGCGGCGCGGCAGCCAGUCAGCGCGGCCGGGGCAGUUCGAAUCGGCGGCGCGCGGCGAUGGAGCGCGGAGCGGUGAGGAAAAGCGAGGUGCUGGCGAACGAGGCCGUGUCCUGCCUGAACCGCGCCAUGGCGGCGCUGCGGGACAUCUGGGAAGAGAUCGGCAUUCCCGAGGAGCAGCGCCUGGAGCGCACGGAUGUCGUCAGGAAGCACAUCAAGAGCCUCCUGGACAUGAUGGUGGCGGAGGAGGAAAGCCUGAAGGAGCGUCUGCUGAAGAGCAUCGCCCUGUGCCGGAAGGAGCUGGACACCCUGUGCAGGGAGCUCCAGCUGGGCCCCUUUGAGACGGAGGAAAGUACCAUCCUGCAGAUGGAGAAGAACCUGCGCACGUGUGUGGAGGUGCUGCAGAAGCAGAAGCAGGACCGCAAGCAGGAGCUGAAGGCCCUGCAGGAGCAGGACCGGGCCCUGUGUGACAUCCUGUGCACAGCCCUGUUCACCAUCGACACCGGCAGCGUGCCCAGCCUGGAUGACCUGGACCGCUACCGGCGCCACGUGGCCUCCCUCAACACCCUGAAGGAGCAAAGGCGGGAAGAAUUUGUCAGCCACAAGCGUCAGAUCAUUCUGCUCAUGGAGGAGCUGGACCACACCCCAGACACCAGCUUUGAGCAGGACGUGGUGUGUGAGGACGAGGAGGCGUUCUGCCUGUCCGAGGACAACAUCAUGGCCCUCCAGAACCUGCUGCAGCAGCUGGAAGGGCGGCGGGCCCUGAACGAGGCGGUGUGCGCGGAGCUGCGCGCCCGGAUCCUGGCGCUCUGGGAGCGGCUGCAGAUCCCCCAGGAGCAGAGAGACUCCUCGGCCGUGCACCUGGCCGGCUCCAGAGCCCGAACCAGGAGAGCUCUGCAGCAGGAGGUGGACCAACUGGAGGAGCUGAAGCUGCAGAACAUGAAAUCCGUCAUCCACGCCAUCCGGGCAGAGCUGGCUGACUACUGGGACAAAUGCUUCUACAGCCAAGAGCAGAGGGAAAGGUUCAGCCCCUUCUAUGAUGAGGAUUACACAGAGACCCUGCUCGAGCUGCAUGACGCUGAGGUGGGCAAAAUGAAGAUCUACUAUGAAACACACAAAGAUCUGUUCGAGGCUGUUCGGAAGUGGGAGGAGAACUGGAAGCUGUUCCUGGAGCUGGAGCGUAAAGCAAAUGACCCCAGUCGCUUCACCAAUCGAGGAGGAAACCUUUUGAAGGAGGAGAAGCAGCGAGCAAAGCUGCAGAAGACGCUGUCUAGGCUGCAGGAGGAGCUGGAGAAGAAGGUCCAGACCUGGGAGGAGGAGUUCAAGGGAGCUUUCCUGGUGAAGGGGCAGCAGUUCAUGGAGUAUGUGUCAGAGCAGUGGCAGCAGUACUGGCUGGAGAAGGAGAAGGAGAAGCAGGAGCGGCACCUGAAGAAGAGCCGGGAGAUGGAGGCAGAGAUGCUCUACGGCAGCGCCCCGCGCACACCCAUCAAGCGGCGCAUGCUCAGCCCCCACACACCUGCCAAAGUAAGCAAGCUCCACGGCACCUCCAGCGCCAGCACCAUGUCCAACACCACUGUUCGCUCAGCCUUUGGGGGAGCCAUCUCCCACUCGCCCACCUCUCGGCUCCCACCCUCCGGGAAGAAGUUCAGCCGGGCCCGGACCCCCACCCGCCCGGCAGUGAAGCCCCCCCGACGCAGGCUGAGGGAGCAGAACAAGGAGAACGUGUCGCAGCUGGACGGAACCACCCUGAGCGGUGGGUGCACCCCCAGAGCCCCUGCCCAGCGUAACCACAGCGUUAGUUCUGUUGCCAGCACCUAUUCUGAGUUUGCGCGCCAACUCUCAAAGGCUUCCAGCUUUGAAAGCACCUCCCGUGUUCUCAACUCCACCACCAACAAUGCCGCAUGAUGCAGCCCUGCUCCGGCAGCAAUGCAGGGUCUGCAGCACCUCCCGCUCCUGGAUAACGCUCCCCUCCGUUGCUGCUUUAGAAAUGUGCUUUUAUUUAAAAAAAAUUUCUAGAUGUUGUGAAUAAAGUCCUUGUACAGCC